AUGGCACCCCCGACCUUAAUGGCUGCCACUGCCGUAGUGGCGGUGCUGGGUCUCCUCGCUGCCGGCCACGCUCGUGCCGAGGUUGUCCUGGAGGAAGACGGGAAUGGCACCUUCCACAUCUUCACUACAGACAGCGAGCAGCGCAUAUUGAUCAACGGCGUGGACAUUGUCGCACAGCAGAGCACCAUCGAGGCGCAGCAGGCGCUGCUGGAGCAGCAGCAAGACCAGAUCAGCAUGCUGGAGCACAUAACCUGCCGCUUCGCUACGCUGGACACUACCUCCUUUGGCUCCCUCACCUCAAUCGAAGGCAAGUGGGUUGGCGGCGUGCUGGCAGACAACGGCUUGAUCUACAGCAUCCCAGGCUUUGCGCAGGAAGUGCUGGUCAUCAACCCACACGCAGGCUCCACCAUCUCCACCAUCUCCAUCCCCAACGUCGCCAGCAUCCUAAACAAGUGGAACUGGGGCGUCUUCUCGCCCAAGAACGGCGUCAUCUACGGCAUACCACGCAACGCCCAGACCAUUUUGGUCAUCAACACAAACACAAACACGGCAGAGGCAACCUCCUUCGCGGACCCCAGCCCGCCACAGGGCGACAAGUACAUUGGCGGGGUCCUGGCGCAGAACGGGCUCAUCUACGCCAUCCCCGCCUCCGCCACCAGCGUGCUCAUCAUUGACCCCGAAACCAACACCGCCGACGCCACCACCAUCAAGGGGCUGGAGCAGGGCGAUUUGAAGUGGCACAGCGGCGCCCUCACAGACAACGGCCUCAUCUACUGCAUCCCGCGCAACGCAGAUCACGUGCUCGUCAUUGACACCAACACGCACACCGUCUCCUUCUUUGGGUCUGACCUGGGCGAAAAAUCGUGGCAGGGCGGGGUGUUGGCACCAAACGGCCUCAUCUUCGCCGCCCCGUACACGGCGUCCAAUGUGCUCAUCAUCGACACUAACACCAACACCACCGACACCACCUCCAUCACGGGCCUGUCAGGCACAAUACCACGAUGGACCAGCGCCGUGCUCGCGCCCAACGGGCUCGUGUACAUGAUCCCCGUCAGCACCGCGGCCAUCCUGAUUGUCGAUCCAAUCACCCGCACGGCCGGCACCACCCCCAUCACGGACAUCGAUGUCCCGGCACUGGCGUGGUUUGGCGGCGUGUUGGCAAAGACCGGCGGCAUCUACGGCAUCCCAUACAGCGGGCAGGAGGUGCUGGGCCUCGACCCGGGCUGCUGA